GCGUCCGAGCGGCUACGCAUGCGUUUUAUUCGUACACUCACUACGGCCAGUGGGCGCCUACCUCGAUUCACGCUAUAUUCAGGUCCUGCCUGUUCUCUGUGUGAUACAGCCAAAGAAGAACUAGACAAAGUUAGGCAGGACCGAAAAUUUCACCUGGACGUUGUCAACAUUCAGGAUCCGGGACAGGAAAAGUGGAAGCGGAAGUAUGUUUAUUGGAUCCCGGCUCUUCAUUUAGAGGGCAAAGAAAUUGCCAAGGGACGAUGGGACGCACAGAUCGUGAGGGAAGCAUUGAAUCUUUGGGACCAGGAGAACGUUCCGGGGGAGCAUAAUGGUUCUGAUUACUCCGAAUUCUUUUCUGCUCUUCCAUCUGAACAUCUUUUCUUCACGGACACCUCACUGGCUUACGAGGAUAAUUCUUCAAACUCGGGAAUUUAUGCAAGAAAUAUACAUGAUAUCUUGGGGGCAAAUCCGGAAACCGAAAAUGAAAUACGUUCAGUCACUCCGCAUUGCUUCAAUUGCGGCUCAUCUUCUCACAUGGUGAACGCCUGUCCAGAACAAGUCGACCGCGCCUUGGUGUCUCUUUCGCGUCAAAUGAACGAGUUUUACCGAGAUAUGUUUAGUUUGGAUCGCAUCGGUGGAGAUUUUUCAGCACGGAUAUAUAGCGUAGAGGAAUGGAAAAGCGUAAGGCUGGACUGGAUCAACUCUUUCAAUCCUGGUGAGAUCAAGGGCCAUGACUUGCGCCAGGCUCUAGGUAUAAUACCAGCGGAGGACGAUAGUCAGGCUCAGGACGAGUGGCUGCAAAACAUGGCCGUCUGGGGAUACCCUCCAGGUUGGAUCAGUAGAUGGGACCCGAAGGAGCUGAUGAAGGAACGAGUUUUAAGCCAGUGUAUCGGAAAUCCGCAGGAGAGCGAGCAGUCAUUUCAUAUCUUCGGCGAGGAAGGAAAUAGUGAAACGGUGCUGGACCAGUUGAAGGAUCCGAGCAAAUUGCUCAAUAGCUCGGUGGAUCAGACACUCAAACGAUGGGCAUUCUAUCCACCGUUGCGAUUCUCUUCGUCCCUUCUACCUGUGUAUAACGGCGUUGCUUUACCACCAGUUGAAUCUAAAUCACAGGUAUCUUAUUACGUACCUUUCUCUGCUGUGUUACCAGCGCCACCUCCACCUCCGGGGUCACCUCCGCCUCUUCCGCCUCCGCCACCUAUCGAACCACCUCCGCCUUUACCGCCGUCGCUGCCCCCUUCAACUCCUCCAUCGCUUCCUUCUACUGCUUUUUUGUCUGCUCUGCUUCAUCUGAGACCCAAGAUCGAGGCAGAGGACUCUGACAUGGACAUGUCGGAUGAAGAAUGA